AUGCCUGGGCCCGCCCCGCGUUCGCCGUUCCUCCAGCUCGAGUCUUCGCGCGCGCCAUCUCGUCUGUUCUCCUCUUCAGCUGUCACCAUGGAGGGAAAGUACCGUAUCGAGCGCGACACCUUCGGUGAGCUCCAAGUGCCUGCAGAACGCUACUGGGGAGCGCAGACGCAGCGCUCGCUGCAGAACUUCGACAUCGGUGGUGCCGCCGAGCGCUUGCCCGAGCCCCUCAUCAAGGCUUUCGGUGUGCUGAAGAAGGCCGCCUCGAUUGUGAACGUCGGGUAUGGUAUGGAUCCGAAGGUCGGCGAGGCGAUUGGGAAGGCCGCUGAUGAGGUCAUCUCUGGCAAGCUGAUCGGGGAGUUCCCGCUGGUUGUCUACCAAACCGGCAGUGGUACCCAGAGCAACAUGAACGCCAACGAGGUCAUCUCGAACCGUGCCAUCGAGAUCCUCGGCGGUGAACGCGGCUCGAAGAAGCCCGUUCACCCGAACGACCAUGUCAACAUGAGCCAGAGCAGCAACGACACGUUCCCCACUGCGAUGCACGUCGCUGCUGUGACUGAGAUCCACCGGUCACUCCUUCCUGCCAUCACUGAGCUGCGCGAUGCCCUCGACGCAAAGGCGAAGGAGUUUGAACACAUCAUCAAGAUUGGCCGCACCCAUCUGCAGGAUGCGACCCCCUUGACUCUCGGCCAGGAGUUCAGCGGCUAUGUCCAGCAGUUGACCAACGGCAUCGACCGUAUCAAGGACACUCUGCCGCGUCUCAGUCUCCUUGCCCAGGGUGGUACUGCCGUCGGCACUGGUCUUAACACGAAGAAGGGCUUCGACGUCAAGGUAGCUGCCGAGAUCUCUAAGCUGACCGGGAUCGAAUUUAAGACCGCUCCGAACAAGGCAAUCUUGUCUGACGUGACCACGCAGUUCGAGGCGCUUGCGUCGCACGAUGCUCUCGUUGAGGCUCACGGAGCGCUGAACACCGUGGCGUGCUCUCUCAUGAAGAUCGCCAACGAUAUUCGGUACCUCGGUUCUGGCCCCCGGUGCGGCUUGGGCGAGCUGCAGCUCCCCGAGAACGAGCCUGGCAGCAGUAUCAUGCCUGGCAAGGUCAACCCCACCCAGUGUGAGGCCAUGACCAUGGUCUGCGCGCAGGUCAUUGGCAACCAGACCGUUGUCAGCAUCGCGGGUUCUAACGGGCAGUUCGAGCUGAACGUCUUCAAGCCCGUUAUUAUCAAGAACGUGCUCCAGAGCAUUCGCUUGCUCGCGGACGCGUCGCGAUCGUUCACGAAGAACUGCGUUGUUGGUAUUCAGGCCAACGAGAAGCGCAUCCACACCCUGCUCCACGAGUCGCUCAUGUUGGCAACCAUCCUCAAUAGCCAUCUUGGUUACGACAACGUUGCCAAGUGCGCAAAGAAGGCGCACAAGGAGGGCACGACCCUGAAGGAGGCCACGGUGUCGCUGGGCUUCUUGACGCCGGAGGAGUUCGACGACAAAGUCCGCCCGGAGCUGAUGUUGCACCCCGACGAGGCGUGA